GUAAUAUAUCCUCCACAUUCAAAACUCACAGAUAAAGAGAAAACCAAUAUUUGCUAUUUGUCUUUUCCAGAUUCUAAUUCAGGUUGUCUUGGGGACACACAGUUUUGUUUUAGAUUUCGACGGUCUCCUGGAAGGAAAGUCUCACUGUGUUGUUUUCUGGACCAAUUGGAUAGAGAUCUACCAGUUUACUUAAAGAAAGAUCCAGCGUAUUACUAUGGCUAUGUAUAUUUCAGACAAGUUCGAGACAAAUCAUUAAAAAGAGGCUAUUUCCAGAAGUCACUGGUCCUCAUCAGCAAGCUACCUUAUGUCCAUCUCUUUCGCACCAUGCUUAGGCAAAUAGCACCAGAAUAUUUUGAAAAAAGUGAAGCUUUCCUGGAAGCAGUUUGUAGCGAUGUUGAUCGUUGGCCACCACCAAUUCCAGGGAAAAUACUGCAUUUGCCUGUUAUGGGUAUUAUAAUGAAGUUGCGGAUUCCAACAUAUCGUGACAAGCCUGGAACAACACCGAUAGUACAGAAUAUGCACCAGGCAGAUGCUCAGGUCUCCAUGGCUUUACCAACUGUUCAUGAAGUAGAUCUUUUCAGGUGUUUCUGUCCAGUGUUCUUUCACAUUCAGAUGCUUUGGGAACUAGUACUACUGGGAGAACCACUCGUCGUGAUGGCACCAUCACCAUCAGAAUCCUCAGAAACUGUGCUGGCACUUGUUAGUUGUAUUUCACCGUUAAAGUACUGCAGUGAUUUCAGGCCAUACUUUACCAUACAUGACAGUGAGUUCAAAGAAUAUACAACUCGCACACAAGCCCCACCAUCUGUCAUUCUAGGGGUGACAAAUCCUUUUUUUGCUAAAACACUUCAGCACUGGCCUCACAUUAUCCGAAUUGGAGAUAUUAAACUUCCAGGUGAAGUUCCAAAGCAGGUGAAAGUGAAAAAACUGAAGAACUUAAAAACUUUGGACUCCAAACCUGGUGUUUAUACCUCUUACAAGCCAUACUUGAACAAAGAUGAAGAAAUCAUCAAGCAGUUACAAAAGGGUGUACAACAGAAGCGUCCUACAGAAGCACAGAGUGUGAUUCUUCGUCGGUAUUUUCUGGAAUUGACUGAAAGUUUCAUUAUUCCAUUAGAACGUUAUGUGGCAAGCCUAAUGCCUUUGCAAAAAUGCAUAUCACCAUGGAAGAGUCCACCACAGCUGAGGCAGUUUAGCCAAGAUGACUUCAUGAAGACACUGGAAAAAGCAGGACCACAGCUCACGUCAGGUUUAAAAGGAGACUGGAUAGGACUUUACAGGCAUUUUUUGAAAUCACCCAACUUUGAUGGUUGGUUUAGGAGCCGGCAGAAAGAAAUGACACAGAAGUUGGAGGCCCUUCAUUUAGAAGCACUUUGUAAUGAGAACUUGGUUUUCUGGAGUCAGAAGCAUACUGAAGUAGAAACAGUGGAUCUUGUCUUAAAGUUAAAGAAUAAACUGUUGCAGGCUGACAGAGAACAGCUUCCUGUGAAAACUGACACUCUGAAAAAGCUGCAGACACACAUCAAUGACAUUAUACUAGCACUUCCAGAUGAUUUACAGGACAUCUUGCUCAAAACAGGCACAACAUGA